GAACCACUUACAAAGUCAGAUGAAGCAAAAAAGCCAAAUCCGCCCAAGAUGGUCGUAGAUACAAUCCGCUACAAUCCUAGCUUUUGUACAUGUGGAGAACAUGGAUGUCAGCCCCAGUAUAGGAUGGAGAGGAAAGUUCGAUGGAUAAAUGAAGAUGCCAGCUCUGCUUCAACGGAACAAACGGGUGAAGCAGUAAUGAAAGAAAACGAGGGCAGAUGCGAUGGCAAAAAUGGUGGUUGCGACGGCGAUGGUGGGCAUGAUGGCAAAGUUGAUGAUGACGAAGGCGAUGGUGGAUGCGAUGGCAGAGCUAAUGGCAGAGUUGAUGGUGACGACGGCGACGGUAGGUGCGAUGGCAGAGUUGAUGGUGACGACGGCGAUGGUGGGUGCGAUGGCAGAGUUGAUGGUGGCGACGGCGAUGGUGGGUACAAUGGCAGAGUUGAUGGAUACGAAGGCGAUGGUAGAUGCGAUGGCAGAGUUGUUGGUGACGACGGCGACUGUGUGUGCAAUGGCAGAGUUGAUGGAUACGAAGGCGAUGGUAGAUGCGAUGGCAGAGUUGAUGGUGACGACGGCAAUGGUGGGUGCGAUUACAAAAUUAAUGGCAGAGUUGAUGGAUACGAAGGUGAUUGUAGAUGCGAUGGCAAAGUUGAUGGCGACAAAGGCGAUGAUGGAUGCGAUGACAAAAUUGAUGGCAAAGUUCAUGGUGACGACGGCGAAGGUGGGUGCGAUGGCAGAGUUGUUGGCAGAGUUGGUGGUGACGACGGCGAUGGUAGUUGCGAUGGCAGAGUUGAUGGUGACGAAGGCGAUGGUGGAUGCUAUGACAAAAUUGAUGGCAGAGUUGAUGGUGACGACGGCGAUGGUAGAUGCAAUGGCAGAGUUAAUGGUGACGACGGCGAUGGUACUUGCGAUGGCAGAGUUGAUGGUGUUAAAGGCGAUGGUGGAUGUGACAAAAGUAAUGACAGAGUUGAUGGUGACGACGGCGAGGAUAGAUGCAAUGGCAGAGUUGAUGGUGACGACGGUGAUGUAGAGUUGGUGCUGACGAUGACGAUGACAGAUCCGGUGGAAGCGUUUGUGGUCACAAAGACAAAGGCAACUACAGUGACAGGCUUGACAUUACUGAAGUCAAUGGCGGACUUGAUUCUAGAAGCUAUGACGAUAAUUUCCUAGCUAGGACCGAUCCUCAUAUAAUUGGUAUCAACAGUGUUCUGGAAGAUGAUACAGAAGACAUCUCUUCAGGGUUCGGAAUUAUGUCCAUCUAUUGCAACAGUGAACUACACAGUUGGGGAAAAGUUCAGGACAAUGCGGACUAGGAAUAAUUUUGUAUGCAGCAUAGCUUGUGAAAUAUUUUGUUGUUUGUUUUCUGAAAAUUAUUUCGUAAUUAAAUUAAGAAUUAUUUUUUCAACAAUGCCUUAUUUUUGUUUUAGUACUUUAUGCAGCCAUAGUAUUGUCUCAAUAC